AUGGAGGCGGUACAGCGUAUCAUUGACGGCAAGAUUGACUUUGAAGGUCAACGUCUGGCCGAGCGCAUCUACUCGGAGAUGCUCAUCAUCAUCUCGGUCGUCGGCCUGGUGAUGGGCUUCAUGAUGCAGAACAUGCUCGUCACCCUGUCCAUGUUCGGCCUCGCCCUCGUCUUUUCCGUCCUGAUUGUCGUACCGCCGUGGCCCUUCCUCAAUCGCUACCAUAUGCACUGGCUCCCCAAACGGCCCAAGGACGGCGAGGAGACGACAUCCGAUCCGGCCACGCAGGAUACGCCACCAACCACGACGGCGGGGGUUCCGGCGGAUACCAAGCAGUGA